AUGCUGUCUUCACAAUCUUCCAAUCAAUUUUCACCACAGCAGCAACUUAUGCCUCAGGCACAACAGGAUUUAGUUAAUCCACUUCUCUGUGAUUUUGUUGGCAAUAACCAGCUGGGAGAUAUGUUUUCAAGCCUCACUAAACUCAAACAAUUGGAUGUAUCAUACAAUUCACUAUCAGGAGACCUUCCUCAGAGUUUAAAAUCAGCUAAUAGCCUAAAGAAGAUACAUCUGCAAAAUAAUAAACUCACUGGUUCAAUAAAUGUCCUUGCCCGCCUUCCACUUGAUGAUGUGAAUGUUGAGAACAACAAAUUUAUAGGUUGGGUUCCUGAGUUGUUAAAGGAUAUAAAUAGCCUAAGAACUGGAGGAAACUCUUGGUCAAGUGGGCCAGCACCACCUCCUCCCCCCGGUACACCUCCUAUCGAGCGUUCCGAGAAAAAGGCUGGAAAAUCUAUUGUAACUGGAGUUGCUAUAGCCGGCAUAGUUUUUGGUGUGUUGAUUGUAAUCAUACUCAUUAUUGCUCUUUGUAAAAGAAGAAGGUCAUUUGUACCUUCUUCACAUUUUAUUGAUGAAGAUAGACGUAGCCAACACAAAUCUUUUACACCCAUUGCAUCUCAGGAGUUGACUAAAGGUUUAGGUUAUGAUGACAGCACAAAAUACAAAGAUGUUAUAUUCGUGAUAGGAUUCAAAGCAAUGGAUUCCACUGCAAUCGUCAUAAAGGCAUUACAAAAAUGUCUAUCAACUGUUAGGUUAUCACUCUCUAAUUGUGUGCAAACUUUUACUGACAAUGAGUUUGCAAAUUGUCUAAAUUCUAAAAGAAGCACAUCAGUUCGUUGUACUCCUUUUUCAUUGGGAGAGUUGCAAAUUGGUACUACUAACUUUGCUUCCGGCCGACUUCUUGGUGAAGGAAACCUUGGACCUGUUUAUCGUGCCAAAUAUGCCGAUGGAAAGGUAUUGGCAGUAAAAAAAAUCAACCCUUCAUUUUUUGAUGGGGGUCAUCCCGAGGAAUUCUCUCAGAUUUUAUCAAGCAUCAGCAAACUUCGUCAUCCAAAUAUUGCUGAGCUUGUUGGUUAUUGUUCAGAACAGAAGCAUAUGUUAGUAUAUGAUUAUUUCAGAAAUGGUUCUCUCCAUGACUUUUUACACUUACCAGAUGACUUCAACAAACCAUUAACUUGGAACACCAGAAUCAGAAUUACAUUGGGAACUGCUCGGGCUAUUGAGUACCUACAUGAAAGUUGUUCUCCCUCUCUAGUUCACAAGAAUAUCAAAUCUGCCAAUAUUUUGCUUGACACAGAGUUGAAUCCCCGUCUCUCAGACUAUGGUUUGGCAUCCUUCCACCAGCGUACUAGCCAAAAUCUCGGGGUAGGAUAUAAUGCACCAGAAUGCACAAAGCCAUCAGCCUAA